GCGCUCUGGGCCACAGGUGACUCGACGAAUCGCCGUAAUUGGCAAUCGAUAGCAAUGGCGCGCGGUAGGGUCUCGCGCGCGGUGGCGCGACUGUUGCGGCCUUUUCACCGUCGAGACAGCAAAGCGGCGGCCGACGACACGUCCUCGAAGCGCCAGCGCGGCUCCAUUUCGUCAACAACCAACACUUCGUCAACAUGCUCUACGUCCUCGUCGUCUUCACGCAAUAGCAGUGGCUUCCGAGGUGCAACGAGCGCGCGCGUCUUCCCGCUCAAGAGCGACGGCGACAGCAUCCCACACACGGUUCUCAUGCCUCCCGCCUUCUUCCGGCAGUUGCGCGCACUCGUGGAGCAGACGAACGCACUGACCACAGGAGAGUAUCGCGCGAGCCAAAAGGACCCGGAGCCCUCGCUAAACACCUCUAGAACCUCGAUUCGCUGGAGAGGAGACUUCACCACCAAGACACUCGAUAAGCUUGUCAGUAUCCUUACAGAGGAUGACACAGAUGGCUUUGGUAGCGCCAUUGGCAGGCGCUCGGCAAAGCCAAUUCCUUUAGAAGCUGCUGCUAAGGCCAUGCUACAGCUGUGGAAAUGCUGCAUGCAGAUCCUGGACGUGCUAGCGGAUGGCGCAGCUCCUGAACCAUCGCUACGACAUACGAUGGCUCACUCGAGAGACGUUGCCAUCGCAGCUGCAAACGAGAAGAAGCACCUACUAGAGCAGGCAGCAUUGACGCUGCUGGCCUUGGUGAUCAGGAGACAAGAGUUCGAUGCUCUGUUGGUUGCCGUUGGUCGCGGAGGCUGCAAGAGCCACAAACCAACAGAAGAAGCGAGACACGGGAAGUCUCGGCUGUCGAGACGACUCUCUCGCCAAUCGCGUCGAUCACGCAGCCGCGGACAAGACCGCAAUGUGCGACUCUGUGACUCUGUCCACCACUUCUUAGAGUUGCACCAGUCGACACUACAAUUCGCCUUUGAGACGGUGCAUGGUCCAAUCGAUUUCAGUGGCAGCAACACGGAGUUCAACGCGCUCGAUCAGCAUCAAGAACUCUUAUCUGCUCUCGUAGCCACGAGCUACAUGCGUGUGCCGCGACUACGCAGCCACAUUCUUGACAGCCUGAGUAACCUCGUUCCAUCGACUGCUUUUAGCAGCACGCGAUCGAUGUCGCUCUCGUUUGUAAAUUCGCGCGGACGCGGCAGAUCUCUAUACGAUGACAAGCUGCGACUCACGCCAUACAACUGGCAUUUGGGCACGUACGCGCAGUGCCAAAACCUUCUAACGACUGUGAACCGUGAAGAUCGCUGGGCUACUUCCGCUCAAAUGCUCAACCAGCUUAUGGCCGACACAGAUGGCUGCAUGCUGGUGCUCGCGCAGAUCUUCGAACAGGUCACAGGCCAACAAGUUGUAGGAUGCACCAAUUGGAAAUGCAUCCCUGGCGCUGAGUUGCUGAAAGACGCGACACUAGAAGUGGCCAAGAGCUUAUUUCAUACGGAGCUUCAGCAGCGAGAGCCCAAGUGGCAAGAUGUGGUAGACGAGAAAGUCAACAACGAAACUGCCUCAGCAGCCGAGAAACAGCCAUUCCGUGACUCUUUUUCACUUCUGGAUGGAGAUCUGGAGGAAAUCAACACUCCAACUGCGUACUUUGCCGUUCAGGUGACAUCAAUGAUGCACGAGAACGUUGGGUUCAUCCACGAAUACCUCAUGGCGAUUCUGCGCUCGACCAACUACAUGCUGCCACACCACGUCAAUCUGUGUCUGCAAUACAUGGAGAAGUUGAUGCUAGAGUUCCCGUCAUUCUUUGCCAACGAGACAGCAGCGCAAGACUUCCUGGCACUCUCCUCAUUGGAAACCUCCAAUCCUCACAACCAGCCACAACAAGAACAUGCGUGCGCCGACAUCGAGACACUUCGCUACGUCUUUUCGUGUCUCUUGGACUCGGAGCACUUUGAGAUCCUGAAGGCAACGGAGCUGUUCCUACUCAGGAACUUUAUGGGUCUUUCAGUCUCGCUGCAGAUGCAGCUCACGGACUUGCUAGCUGUGCACGUUAAACGCCUCUUCCUGCACUGGAAUCGCGAUGUCCGUUACUGUUUCUACCACAUCCUGCUGUACUUGACGUACCCUGGCAACCGCCUCGUACUGGGCGCCAAGUCGGACGAGGCCCUCAUGGGUGCCGAGGCUUCUCGGCUGUUUGAGAUCCCAGGACUCGUGCGUACAGGCAGCACUGUAACUUGGGAGGCAUUCGACGUCCCGCUUCACCAGAUCGUUACCCGCUACACACAGGUGGCCAAGCGAAAGCAGCUUGGACGACAAGCGCCCUCCUGGGUGGACGCUGUGCCUUGUGCUGUACUGCAGCGCUCUGUCACCGAGUACAAGUCACACGUGAAAACGUACUUCGCCUACGCGCAGCAGAUUUCCAUGCACCAGCGUGUACCAACGCCUGUGUUCUCUGUCAAGACGGGAGAGAACGAUUCCGUCCCUGUUUCAACUGACAGUGCUCUCGCAGCUGCUUCAUUAGCGUGA